AUGGAUAAGUGGACGGCAGUAGCGCAUGCUCUUGCGUCGUCCGACAAGUUUGGUCGUCCUGACUUUGACGGCAAGAAAGCGAGCAACAUGUUCAGCGCUCUUAUCGAAGCUCAUAUGAAGAAAAACAACGAGUCUGCGCGUGCGUCAGGUGUCGCAGAGGAUAUGACCGAGAAGGAUGCCCUCAUGGACGACCUCAUCGCCGCGUACGAUGACGAUAAGGAAGAAGAAGCACGACGUGCCAUCGAGUCCAAGCAAGCUUUGGAACAGAACGGAAGCAUGGGAGCGUUUGCUCGUGAAGAGGCCAUGACCUCGUUGGGGAAACGCAAAAACGGUGACGAUGACAGUUGUGGAAGUCCAAGGCCGAGCUCAAUUUUCAACGGGAAAAGUUUCAUCGUGAAAUGGAAGAACGUGAAAAGGACAGAAUGGUACUUGGAGAGCACCAACAACAUGAGUCAACAUUGA